CGCUUGUCACGGAUCCGAGCUUGCAAUGAGCUCAUCCUUUUCUCUUUGCAGCUUCCUAACUGCCCUGGCUUUAUUGCUCUUAUUGCUGCUGCUGUCUGCUCACACGCACAGUCUCAGACACGCUGAGCCCUGAGAGCUCUCCAUUGCUUUCCUUCUGUCAGAGCUUUCCUGCACUCAUUUUCUGCCAUUUUCCUGCCUUUUAGGUACAUUUUAGAUCCAUGUUUUCUUUGGUUUCUUUUUCAAAUCUACUUCGGACUCUGGCUGAGCCAGCACAGUGGAUCAUAUUUUUCCUUGAUUCUUAGCAAAGAUGCUUUUCUCAUUUUGAGAGUGUCUGCUGUGCUGUAGACGCCCAUCUGUACCGAUCGCAAAGAGCUCAGGCUGGCUCUUCUGGCACUGCACUUUUUGAAAUUGUGGUUAAAAGCCUGUUCUUCUCACUCUGGAUACUUACUACUUACUGCUCAUGGAAGAAGGGGUACCUUGCAAAACCCCAGCUGCCAAGCUCACACCACCUGUCAAAAAGUCACAGGACAUGCAUGACGAGAGAAGCAAGCUGGUGAAUGAGUAUGCAUGUCGGGUGCUGGAACUUCUGGGGAUGGGGCAUCGCCUGUUUGUGCCUCGGCUGCUUGCGACCUCAAAAGAGGACCUUCUACAAGCUGAUUUUGAAGGAGCUUUAAAAUUCUUCAGGGUUCAGCUGCCCAAGAGGUACAGAGCUGAGGAGAACGCCAGGAGACUGAUGGAACAAGCUUGCAACAUUAAGGUGCCAACAAAAAAGCUGAAGAAAUAUGAGAAAGAGUACCAAACAAUGCGAGAGAGUCAGCUGCAACAGGAAGAUCCCAUGGACAGAUACAAGAGGGAAAAUCGCAGGCUCCAAGAAGCUAGCAUGAGGCUGGAGCAGGAGAACGAUGACCUUGCCCAUGAGCUUGUUACAAGCAAAAUUGCCUUACGGAAUGACCUGGACCAGGCUGAAGACAAAGCUGAUGUUUUGAACAAGGAACUUCUCCUGACCAAACAGAAACUAGUGGAGACAGAGGAAGAGAAACGGAAGCAGGAAGAGGAAACCGCUCAGCUGAAGGAAGUCUUCAGGAAGCAGCUAGAGAAGGCAGAAUCUGAGAUUAAGAAAACCACAGCCAUUAUUGCAGACUAUAAACAGAUUUGUUCCCAGCUGAGUACCAGGCUGGAAAAACAGCAGGCAGCCAGUAAAGAUGAACUGGAAGUUGUGAAGGGUAAAGUGAUGGCCUGCAAACACUGCAGUGAGAUUUUCAGUAAAGAGGGGACACUGAAGCUGCCUUCGCUAAGCAUGGAGAAUAAAGGCAUUGAAACAGAUGACGAGAAGGAUGCACUGAAGAAGCAACUGAGAGAGAUGGAGCUGGAACUUGCACAGACCAAACUGCAGCUUGUGGAAGCCAAGUGCAAAAUUCAGGAGCUGGAGCAUCAGAGAGGAGCCCUUAUGAAUGAAAUCCAAGCUGCCAAGAACUCUUGGUUUAGCAAAACUCUGAACUCUAUUAAAACUGCCACAGGCACACAGCCACCACAGCAGCCUCAGCAACCCCUGCCACCCAAAGAGGGCAGUACAUAGUUCCAGCCAGACCUGAUACAAGAGCACAAAGAACAACACAACUGAAACCCUGGAGGAUUCUUCCAGUGGUCUCUCCUCUUGGGUAAAGGACAAAAGGCAGGAGUGCAGGCUUGAAGUGAAAUUCUUCAAUGUUUUUCAUUCAUUCUGAUGUGAUCCUUUUCAAAGGGGAAAAAAUAUUCUGUUUUAUGUUGAAUUCCUACUUCCCAAACUGCCUUGCUGAAAGCCACGUUCUGAUACCUUCAUACUUUUACACUUUAUUUUAUAUGACUAGAUGUUAAAAUGAAUAAAUAAUUCAAAACUAGUUCUUUAAUACAUGACUAAUUAUUCAAAAUUAUUUUUAUCUUGCAUAGAAGUUUUUUUUUUCUUCUGGAGUAAGAGAGAAUGGAAAAUGUAAAGUACUACAGCAUAAUCUCUUCACAGAAAGCACAGUGUAACAAGUACUAGUGUGUGUGUGUCUAGGAUAACUUAUGCCCUGGGACCAUCUCAGAAGUUUAUCGCAGUGACUACGUCCUGCAGAAAAGCACUUUUUCACUUUUUUUGUAAAGCUUAGGCCAUAGCAAAGAAGCAAAGAUAGUCUUGCACUGUCUUGGCACAAUUGUUUGUGAGCUUCCCGGAUAAUUUCAUAAUUUUGAUCGUUUUUUUCUUCAGAAAUGCAAAUAGUGCAGUUCUUUGUAGCACUGAGUAGCACUGUUGUUUAUUUACAACUGAACUGGAAUUUAACAUAGUUACCUAGUUCCCCUUUUUUAUUUCAUGUUUAUACUAAGAAUGCCAAGAAAGAAUUCCUUCCACUGGGAGAAAGGGAAAACUGUUCAACAUUUAUUCGAUGGUUUUUCUGAUAAGCCAACUGAAAACCUUGCAUAGUUUUGACCUUUUGUAAGUCCUGUGCAAUAAAGGGUAGCUUUUAUGAAUAAAAUUAACAAAAACUUUUCCCUGGGUCUAUAUUCGAUUUUUGAGUUUUACACAGAAGCGAGGUGUCAAAUACAACAAACAACAGGCUUUUGCUGCACUGAUGAAGAAAUCACCACAAAAAAAAAGAUCAAUUUGCUAUAAAUAUUUGGCUAGGAAAUGCUAUAUCGGUAUUACUUAUUUUUAUAAAAACAAACAUUUUCAACUCGAAUACAAAGCUUAGACUUUUCCCAUGGGAUAGACUUCUCUGAUGAUUCCCAAACCUCUCUGGUUGUUUUAUAUCUCUAUGGUAAGAAAAUUCAAAAGUGUUUGUUUUGACUGAACAUAAAGUGUUUAUAGAAAUACUUCUUUCAUGGAAAAUUAAACUAUUGCUUGAACUGAUGGAAUAUUUUUUUAAUUAUACUUGUCAUGUCUAUAAGGUGGUCUUGCAGAUAAAUAUUGCUGGACAAAAGGUUGUGUAUUAAUUGUUCCAUUUACAAAACUGUUCCCAAGUACAUUUGUUCUCUUUUGAUCUUUUUUUAAUUCAAAGGAAUGCCAUAUCUUGUCCGUUUUGUACAAUAAAAAUUAAUGGUACUCAUCUUGUGCUUUGUUGUCAAGCAUAAUUGCGAAUUACUUCAAACAGGGUGGAACAAGUUUAAUGUUUACUUGUGCCAGAGGAACAAUUCUGAAAGGCAGUCACUUGUUUGAAGUAGAGAUCAAAAUAUAAUCACUGUCCUGACACAACUAUCCUGCGAUGAACUUCUAACUCUCUUCUAAGAAUAAGGAGUUUAAGAUGUUGGUAUUUUUUUAAAGUACCUGCAAGAAAAGUGAUCAUCUGGAAACCUUAACAGGAUGAGGGGGGAAAAAAAAAAAAGAAAAACAAAAAAAGAAAAAGAAAAAGGGAUCUCUUUUGCAAAGAGAAAAAAAAACCAAAAACUUCCUUUUCCUGGUCACUUCUAAUAAUAUUUGCAAAUAUGCUUCCAUUCUGUAGGCUAUCUAAACCUAGCAUUAUUAACUCACUUAUCAGUACCAUUGCACACUUGAAAUAAACAGUGAAAUAAAUUUGAAGUGACACUGAAGAACUCUUGAUUGGUACAGUGAGAGGACUGUGCUGAUGAGUGAUACCAAUGGUUGGACAAGUGUCCACAUUUCUCAUGUCAUUUAUCUUAAAUCGUACUUACAGGUGGAUUUAAAACCUUGAUUGGAAAAAUGCAGUAAUGAUAAUAAUAAUAAAAAAGUUAAGACUGUGAGUCCCUGAGCAGCUGAGUUCAUGUAACAGCUCCCUGCUGCUCAAAGACCUUACCCCUCCAGCUCCCUGAUGUACAGUCAUGUCCCUACCCUUUUUAUGGCACUUACUAGAGGUGAUUCAAAUUAAAAAUUAAAAGUCUUGAUUUUUUUUCCCCAUUUAGUCUUUUGCCAAGUCAAUGUGUUACAUCAUGUAAAGGGUCCAAUGAGAGAGAGUGAGUGGAUGAGUGAAGCAGUACUUCCCCGGUUCAUCAAAAAGGAAUUGUUAAAUAAGCUUCUGUGUUUCACGGAACUAGCUUUGACACGCUAUCAUCCUUCUCAUUGUAGUAUCUCUCUGACUGUGGAAGUUGAGUUUCUGUGAGAAAUACAUGCUUGCUACCUGCUAGCCAUGAUGAUUUCAAAACCCUGUAGGAUAGGAACUGGCUUACCUUGUGCCUCUCACAGCACCAAAAAAGUUUCAGAAGACAAUGGCUGAAUUACCCACUUUUGGCAAUGAUGUAAAGGCAGUAAGCGACUUUCACCUUCCAUCUGUGCAUCCCAGGUAGUAUUCGUAGCAGUGGCACUUGGAAGAGUAAUAUUUAUGUGGAAAUUAUCUUCUCAAAAUUACUGAAGGAAUGAGAAAAAUAGCUCUACGUUAUUAUCUUGAUGAACAAGCAUAGUUAAAUGCAGAAACAAGGAAAGCAGCAGAGCUGCAGGAUUAAACCGGGCAAGCUAAAGCUGCCUGCUGACUGUACAUGCUGUUGAGAUACUCAGUUUCUUGUAAGAAAAAAAAAUCUGUUUUAAUUAGUCCUUUCAGCAGUGGUUGAUGGAGUACUUGCUAUAAAUACUCAUAUCCCAGACCAACUGAUCUGUCAGGGAUAGCUGGUUCAAUAUUCAGAUUUUCAGAGGGAAACAUCAUCAAAGUCUUGCUGAAACUUAUUUUCAUGUGGCACUGGAACCCACUUCUUAAGUUUAGAAUGAUUCUUUUUUUCUUCUCUUGAGUCAGUAUUGAACUAUGUAUCAACAUAAAAAUUGUAUUGGAGAUAAUUUGAAUGUUAUAAAUAUAUCUUUAUGGAACUAAAUCUAUUUUUAAAUUUUAUUGAGAAUGCACAGUUCUGAAAUAAAGCCUUUACUUUGAUUAGGGACAAACCUCCAAAGAAUAUUUUUAGUACAACUGCUUUAUCUUGUCAGAUUCUAAUCUUCUCCUGAGAUGCCCAAUACAAUAUGAAAAAAAAAAGGGGGGGGGGAAUACACAACUGCUCUUUUCCGCUUUAAAAAGUAUUUACUUUGACUGCAACACUUUACAGGAUAAAUGAAGCAAGGCUGAUUUAGUUCUGCAGUACAUCUGUGAACUAGUCUUGGAUUAUCUUUGUGACUCAAACUUACUAAAGUAAUAGCACUUCACUUACUUUAACAAAUUCUAAACAUGCCUAGAAAGAAUUAAAGACAGCAACAUAGAAAAUAUCAUGGGUGGCUUAAAUCCAAGAAACUGCCCGAGAAACUGCAAAGUCCCUGAGGUCCAUACCAGUGAAUGAUUAGUAAAACCUGUAUCAGGAGAGGUAGUGAGCUGUGUAAUCAGUACUACCAGCUGACAAACAUUUCUUUGUAUUGCCUGUUAAUUAAUAUAUUGUCUAAUUUGCUACAGCUAAUUUACAUGUUAGAUAAACUUAUUUUUCCUUGUUAGACAUUUUAAAGAACUGUUUUGUUCUUAAAACUGGUUUGCCCUUAAAAUUUCUUAUAAAUAGAUGCUUUCACCUGUGCCAUUGUGUGAAAAACAACACGGAAUAAAGACAGCUGUUUACAACAGGAGAGGGAGCUCCAACAUCUAACAGAAAUAAUUCAGGCCCUUGACAAAGCACAAAGGAGCCCAUUGACUUCAGUGUCUGGUAUCAGUCGCUGGCUGAACUUGGCACUUAGAAGUCAAUACAAAUCUAACUUUAUUGACAUAAAAACUUAAAAAAUACAUCAGAAAUUUAUGCUUUCUCCACAGGAAACAAGGAAGUCCAUUCCCUUGAAGUAGUUUCAGUGAGAUCUGUGAAACUGCUUGUAUGUGUCGAAGAACCUCUUAUUUUGAUUUCCUGUUAGACACGAGGAUAAUUGCCAUACUUCUAUGUAAUCUAGUAAAUCUAAAUACCUUUGGCAUUGAAAACAGAAACUCCGUUGUCUUACAGUGCUGGUUUUCUCCCAGCUGCUGUAGGGAAAACCCUACUCUACGUCAUUUUGGUUGACCAGCAUGCCUCUUUUACAGCUCAACCCUGCAGAAAAGGCUGUUGUGCAAACAGCUGGGUGCACAAAACACACAAUGCUGUGCAUGCCCAGGGCUGUGGGUGCACACAGCACCAGAUAUCACAUUGUUCUCACAAACGUGAAGGCUUGAACUAGAUUCUAUUUUCAUCUAUUAUGCUAGUAUCCUACUGGGAGCUGUCCCGUUACCUCUUUCCAAGUACUAAGGGGAGAUACAGCAAAGCACUGAUUUUUGGACCUUUCAAGUUAGAUUAUACAUCACAGCAGCCAUUAAAACUGGGCUAAUCCAUAGUUGGUUUUGGGAAAUUCAAAGAAUUUGGAACUGGAUGACUAAUUAUCAGCAUUGAUAAAGAUCCUAACUUUUCUAACUCAGAAGUCUACACAAUUUGUUUCAGGAUCAUAACUUAAGACGUACAGGUUAAUCCUCCAGGAAUACAGGGCUCUCCAUUUCUCCUGGAAUCCAGCUGCUUUGCGACUGAAUGUAUUUCAUGCUAUUUUUACCUGGGAAAAAAAAAUAAAAAAUAUGGGUAGAGAACUAGAACAUUACUUCCUCUUAUUUUCUUAUUCAGUGGGACUUGCUUUUAUUUAAACUGUAAAGGAAUAUAUAUGUAUCUUUGGAAAACUAUAUCUUAUAUAUAGAAUAAUAUAUAGGAAACUGAAUCACAAAGGGAUAAAUACAGCAAAAGGAUUUGGUAUCACAGACUUCAUUUGUGAUUCGAUACCGCCAGAAUCUUGAGCUGUACUAAUUUCCUUUCAGUUUCUCUUAUUUUUGUAUUUUAUAUGAUACAUGGAUGCUACUACCAAUGCAAACAAAAGCAGAUGUUCUCAGCUUUUUCUCCAGAUUCCAAUACCCCCCUUCCAGUAACUCUUAAGGACACACUGGUACUGAUACCAUCUUCAAAACUACCAGGAGCUCUCUUGAGCUUUGGGAACUAUUGUUUUCCCAAGUAAGAGGAGUCUCUGGCUUAUUUAGACAGGGAAAAGAUGGCAAGGCAGAAGAGGGUCUAAUCAAGUAUGAUUCUGAACCAGAGCAGUCUUGUCUGCCAUUCAAGGUGGCUUCACUUCAGCACACUGAAAAUAGAGAGCAGCUUCAUUGUGCUGAUGAACAAGGACAUUUUCCGGGUUUGUAGUUGCAUUCGUUAUCUGGUUAUGGCCCUAGUAUAUAAAAUAUACUUUACUAGAUAAACUUGGGGAAAAAAGAACAUUAUAGUGCUGUGAGACUUUUAACUGAGAACAGCUUAGUACUGCCAGUUCUUGUGUAACAAAUCCAUGUAUUAUAUAAAGUAUAAUACAGAAAUAUAAGUGUAAUGCUUGUUAUUAAAAGUGCAAUUUAAUGUACAUGGUCACAACAAAUGUUUACUUUUUUAAUUGUUACAGAAUUGUUUGGAUCAGUACCUUGUUAUCAUUGUGUGAACGAUGCCUUGUAAAAUAAAUGGAAAUGCAAACAAAA